UGCAGGCGAUUUGUGCUAAAUGUCUAGCAGCAGCACGACCACGCUGAUUGUGAAGGACAGUUUGGGAGAAAGGAAUACCAUUUGGUCGUAAAAUGAUAUACAUUUGUAAGAUUUAAACUCUCUGCAGUUAUGUCAGAGAGUAACCCAGACAGCUAGGUUAACAACACCCGCCUAACAUCAUUAGCCAGCAAGCUAGGCUAACUAGCUAGCUAGUUUUGGGGGACAUUGCGCCUCCUAACCUGCUCAGCCGUUAUCUAUUUAUUUGCCUUUUGUUGCCUGGACAGUCCAGCUUCUCAUUGUCGUGCUUUCAUUGAACGGAGGAGCUUAGCGGACUGGAGCUGUGGGGGGCCCGCGGACAAACCCCCUGCCCUGGGCGUCCAGGCGGACGGAUCACGUAGACACGCGGGCCGUGGGAGAAAAUAAGGAGGCGCCAUGGCCGAAAUCUCCGCCCUAAUCCCCUCACCUCCAGCUAUAGGUGACACACAUGCUGCCCCCUCCUUCCCCAUACCCUCUACUGCCCCCCCUCCUCCCAGCAGCACCACCCCAGAGCCCCCUAAGGAGUACCCCGUCCCCAAGUCCUCUCUGUACGGUGACAAAGCUUCUCUGACAUUAACUGUACCAGGAGAGACGCUUCCUUCUCACCCUCCUUCUCCCAAGUCUCCCAAGAGAGGGGGGAGAGGACCUCCACCGAGUCCCCCCAAACGCGUCUCAUCAGCGUUAACUCCAGAGACUCCAGUGCCCCCACCUCUAAUACCCCCAGAGAGACCUGCCCCCGUACCUGUAAUAGCCCUAGAUACUCCUGCCAUCCCACCUGUAGAUGUAGCAUUGCGGCAGAGGGAGGGAGUGAAGGAGACAGACAUGGAGGCAGGGGCCAGCCCAGUGUUGGCUGUAAAGCAGGAACUGAGUAACCCAGGGGGCAAGGAGUUGUUAAAUGGCCCCUCAGAGUGCCCUACACAGGCCCACAGUGAGCAAGAGGUACAGGGGGUAACACAGCAGACUACCAGCCCCUCCUCUUGUCUUAAUCUCACCCCUAAUCUCUACCCCAGUGUUCAUGUCACUGUGAACACUAAUCCUGCUACUGAUUAUGCUCAGCCUCAGUCCAUGGUGCAAUCUCCUCCUCCUCCUGCCCCCACUCACACUCCCCCUCCUCCAGACUCUACCCAAACAGCAGCAGCUGCAGCCCCUGAAGCACAACAUCCUCAGCCACCAAAAGAAAGCCAAAACCCUCACCCCCAUCCCAAACUGGACACCCCCAGCCUGUCUCCCAUACCUGAGACCUCAAGCCAAUCUCCCAGAAGGGCAGAGCUACCCAACACCCCCUCCAGAGCAGGGCACCCCAGCCCUCCAGUGAUCCAGGAACCUGUCUCCCUCUCCCUGCCCUACCCCAGAGUUCCAGCCCCAGACACCCUCAGCUACCUUGAGUCAGCCAGCAUGAUGUCAGGGACCCUGGACUCUCUGUCUGGCCUGGGGGAGGAUGGAAGCUCUAUUGGGUCAGACUCAGAGAUCAACGGCCUGGCUGUCAGACGCACUGACAAAUAUGGCUUCCUCGGCGGGAACCAGUACAGCGAGGGCAGGUGGGCAUGUGAUAAGGACAUCAGAGUUGAUGUAGCACGGCAGAGAGAGCUGAAAUGGCUGGACAUGUUCAACAAUUGGGACAAAUGGGUCUCAAGACGCUUCCAAAAGGUGAAGUUGCGCUGUAGGAAGGGGAUCCCCUCUUCUCUCAGGGCUAAAGCCUGGCAGCUGCUCUCCAACAGCAAGGAGCUCCUGGACUCCAACCCCGGCAAAUUUGAGGAGUUGGAGAGGGAGCAGGGAGACCCUAAAUGGUUGGACAUUAUAGAGAAGGACCUGCAUAGACAGUUCCCCUUCCAUGAGAUGUUUGCUGCUCGCGGUGGACACGGGCAGCAGGAUCUGUACCGGGUACUGAAAGCCUACACAGUGUACAGACCUGAAGAGGGAUACUGCCAGGCCCAGGCCCCGGUGGCUGCUGUCCUGCUCAUGCACAUGCCUGCUGAGCAUGCCUUCUGGUGUCUGGUGCAGAUCUGUGAGACGUACCUGCCUGGAUAUUAUAGCGCUGGAUUGGAAGCAAUCCAGUUGGAUGGAGAGAUCUUCUUCUCUCUGCUACGUCGUGUCUGUCCCAUGGCCUACCGUCACCUGAAGAAGUUUAAGAUAGACCCCAUUCUCUACAUGACCGAGUGGUUCAUGUGUGUCUUCUCACGCACCCUGCCGUGGUCCUGUGUGCUACGUGUGUGGGACAUGUUCUUCUGUGAGGGAGUGAAGAUAGUGUUCCGUGUGGGCCUGGUGCUGCUCAAGCAGAUGCUUGGCUCUGUGGAUAAACUGCGGGAGGUCCAGGGCAUGUACGAAACCAUGGAGCGCCUCAGGAACAUCCCACCUGAGUCUGUCAAAGAGGACCUAUUGGUGCAGGAGGUGGUGUCCCUGGCGGUGACCGAGGCUCUGAUCGAGAGGGAGUGCAGUAUUCAGGUAAGGAAGUGGAGGGAGUCCAGGGGCGAACUGACCCACCAGCCUGUCCGAAGGCUCCACGGGACACGGGACAUCCACGAGCACAAGCGUCGGGCCUCCGCCAUCAGCUCCGGGGGUAGCUUCUCCUUCCUGGGGUCCAUCCCCCCUCCAGGGCCCCUCAGGGCCUCCUCCAGCCUGCUCUCCCUCCCCGGCUUCCGCAAGUCCAAAACUCCCUUCUUCUCUCAGAAGAAGGGCUCCUUCUCUGGGGCCUCUGGGAUGGAGGCCAUGCAGCGACAGAACCCCUCAGCGGCAGCUUCAAGCCCACCCAGAGGCCCCGCCCACAAACCACCCAUGUCUAGUGGCUCUGUAGCUAGGGCGCCUGCCUCUCAGAGUCCUUUGGUUGGGUCUGGUCAAGGCCCCUCUUCUGGCCCAUCCAAGACCUCAGCACAGAGCCAGCCUGGUGCAUCAGCCCCAGUACACCAUACACCACCCAACACCCUCUCCCCCAAAAUCACCUCUGAGCAGAUCACACCCACCAUCCCAUCACCCACCGCUAACAACACCCCUCUGCCCCCGUUCCCAGACGGAGGGAGAGGAGGAGGAGCAGCUACAGGAGGAGAGGAUGACAGGAAGAAGAAGAAGAGCAAGGAAGACAAGAAGAAAGAGAAGGAGGAGGAGAAGAGGAAAGAGAAGGAGAAGAAGGACAAAGCAGACAAGGAGAGCCAGAAGAAAGAGAAGGAGCGGGCAGAGAAAGAGAAGAAAAAGGAGAAAGGGGGGAAGAAAAAGGACAGAGCUGGAGGAGAGGCAGAAGAGAAGAAUGGAGCCACAGCACCAAGAGAUUCGGCCUAGUUUAUCCUGUUAUUCCUUCUGAAAGAAAACAGGGAAGGAAAAAAAGAGGACAUGGAAACAAAAGACCCCCAGAAGUGGAACGAAAGAGAGAAAAGGAGAAGGCCUCCUGUACAGUGCAUCUUGAGGACUACAUAUAGUCAGGAUGAUUUUGGAGACAUCUGGAUCAUGGUUUUAUUAGCGCCCCUGGGGUCAUGCCCCCCCCCCCCCCCCCCCAUACAACCCCCCCAUGCUUUCUUCAUCAAUGAGUUUGAAUAAUUAAGAUGGGACACGUUUCCUUUUGCAACUGGAGAAUUGUCUGUGUGGUUCACAAUGGAUCUCCCAAGAUCACACAACUGUUUUCUCAUUUAGUUUUUUAUUUGAUUUAGUUUUUAUCAGACUAAAGCUGGUGGACAUAGAGUAGGUGGGAGUUAUAGAUUGGGUGCAAUUGGAUGUAAAUAGAACAUCCUAAAUCCAUGUAGGAUCCUUAAGUCGUUCCCCAUAAUGCCCUGUCAUGUCCAGUUUGUGGUCAGAUGUCCAACUGGAAUGCCUGCAGAAAAAAAGUAAACAAUUGAAAUAUAUCUCAAACCCAGGCACUAAAAGCUGUGAUUGCUGGUAGUACUGUGGUAUUUGGAUGUCUGGGAGGGCCUAUUUAUUGUAGUGUUGUGUGAGUGUGCCUUAGUAGCGUAGUGAACUGUUACCGUUCAAUAUUGCCACCCAGUUUCUCUGCUCUUUCUCUCAUGUCUUUGUCUUCCUCUUUUUUGAGUUGCUUGUUUUCUCCCCCCUUUCUCUCAUCUCUUGAUCUCUAGUCCUCUGACCAGUGACAGAGGAAUAUAAUCCCAACAGGUAAAUGGAGAGAUGUACACUGCGAUAGGGAGGGGUUUGUAAGGAGAGGGAGAAAUGAACAUGACAUUCUGAGCCUUGACAGACAGACAUGCAUGGAUCAGGAUGGCACCUCCCUAACAACACAGGGAGUGAUUUAAUUUUAGAAUGCAAUUAUUUUUUUUCUUUUCAAGUCUCUCUUGAGUAUGUUUAUAGUGGGAGAUGAUGAUAGAUACUGGUAGUUUAGCGGCGGAGGGUCCUUCUGCAUUCAAUGACAACUCUGAAUCUGCCCAUCAGACCAAAUGUCCAUCUGUUAUUUUUUUGCUUGUGGUAAAUUAAAUAAUAUAUAUUUUAUUUAGCCAAAUAUUAAUAAGGGUGAGGCUUUUAGUAAAUUAACCCAUUGGAAUGUGAUCUAUUUAGAGUGAUUUGAGAAACUUAAGUUGACCACUCCUGUUUGGUAGGUAGAUAGGUUGUUGAAUCUCAUCUGGAUAGUUCAUAGAGAAUGAUAGAGGCCUCUAGUGGCCAAAAGGCUGUUUUAGCAUGAGCAGGGCCAUGAGGGCUUCCACCAUUUUAAUGUAGUCAACUGGGUGGGACUUCCAACUUCAUUGACCGAUCCCUACUGGUGACCCUGUUGGAGUCGUGCAACCAGGUCAUCAGGAGGGUUCAGCCAAUCGGGAAGAAGAAAAUGGACUACUUUGAAAUGGAGAUUGCCUCAAUGAAGCUGUCACAGUUGCCAUAAUGGCACGGAUACAAUGAUGAGGCCUCUUUCCAUCUCUAUGGGAUAGUUUCACCUCUUACUCCUGCACCUUUAGGACCCAUAGGAAGCUACUUGGUGCUGGGCGGGUCAGGCGUGCCAAUGUAGCAUUAACCUCUGAACUCUGACCUUCGGGCUCUGAUGUAUUUAUGUACAAAGUUGGUUAAUUUAAUCAGAUAUUAUAUAUGUAUUAUUCUUUAUUUUGGAUCUGACUGCUAUUUUUCUAUGCGAGUAAAGGACACCUGGUUAACUGGAAGGAUGGCUGGCGAUGUGAAGCCCAGUUUAAGGAGGAUAAUGUUAAGUAUUUCUUUUUUUUUUUUAGAUACUGGUAUGGCUGUUUUGAUUUCAUUAUUGCACAUUUGUCCUCAUCUUCUAAGAUAACAAAUCCUAUUUAUGUCAUUUCAUAUUUCAAGUUUACUGUGGUAGCUAUGGGUAAUGUUAGGUCCACAAUUCUCCAUUUACCUUAUUACAGUAUUAAACCUGACAGUGAUUGAAGAACAGGGGAAUGACCAUCAACUAAGAUUCACAUGAAUAUUUCAGAUAUGACAUAAUUUGAGUGAGCCGAAGGUCAUAAAGUACUGUAUAAGAUACUGGGAGGCGUUUAGUCAACUCUGACAAGGGUUGUAAUUGAAGAUCUGAAGUUGUCUUUGUCAUGCCAGUAUGUUGUAACCAACCACCAUAAUGAUGUUUUGAUAACUCCCUAACCCUCUCACACACAGUGUUAUGUAGCGUAUGUAUACUGUACAUUAGAUGGAUAGUGCCGGUUAGUUACUGUAAUACCAUUCCUUGGUGGAAACCGUUGAUUUUCUUAACACUGAUUCUCUGUACUGUUUUUGUAGGAGAGGAGGGUCUUUAGUGUAAUCGUAGCCAAAAUGUCCUUUGUGUUCACUAUUUGUCUUUUUUUCCCAACUCAUGUUAUUUUUUUACGCCUCUGCUUUCCCCCUUCUUCCUCCACAUGUUGCUUCCAGUCUUCUCAGAAUCACUUGGAUCAGAGUAGAGUCAGCGAAGAUGACCUGAACAUGUUUAUGCAAACCUUACUGUUCACAAAGCAUGUUGUCAAACAGCAGCACUGACGGCCAGCAAUGCCACUGCUGAGAUCAGUAGUGUUCAUGGCAAUAAUUAGACGUUGGAGAACCCUGAGAAUGCUACAGAACCAAUCAGGAUAGAGCAAUAUUUCUCCAAGCAGGCCCUGGCUUCAUCCAAUUGGGUAGGCCCCUUAAGGUCCUCAAUUCUGUGUUGAGUCAUCAAGAGGUCAUGACAGUCAUCCUGUCAUUGCUCCCAAAUUGAUCUGGAUCUGGAAUCAGUUUUCACUCCUGAAAUAGCCAGGAUGAGUCAACAGAGACACUUAGGUCCUGAGUGCAUUUCUGCAUUGGUCCUGAAAUCCUUGAGCUUGAUUGCUUUUAAUCGGGAGCGUCCCACCGAUUAGAUGUUUUUAAAGGUUGUUGCUUUUAAUUUUUUCUAUUUUGUCAUUGCUUUCUCCCCAACUGUAUGUCUUUUGUUUUUUUAAGUUUACAUGGAACUGUUAUUGGUGGAAAAAUAAAAUCCUAGAUAAUGAAAUGCAUUCCUUACCUGCAGAAAAUCUACACAUGAUGUAUUUAAAUGAUAAUGACAGUUGUGAUGAAAAAUAACCAAUAAUAUAUUAAAGAACCCUGCUCUGCCUUGCA